AUCUUUCGCGUUCGCACGCAAACAUUUCUUAAACGCAAAGUGCAAAAAUAUACAAAUCGGUAAUGCUGUCGAAAAUACAAGUUGUUGUGGUUCUCUACGCUCUUAUAAUACCACAAAAUGUUAAUAUGACUGCUAUUUAUAUAGAACUAAAGGACUAUACUGAUAGUCAAGAAGUGCAAAUAAAAUUACCAAAUAAAGAUACAUUGAGCAUUACGUUUAAUUUACAAAUGUUUAGGCCAAGUGAAACUUUAAAUGUGAAUAAUUUAACGUUAUUAACAACAGCCCCAAAUUCCGAAACUUUUACACCAGCAAUUGAUUCAAUAAUGACAACAGAGGCACCAAUACUACAAUCAAAUACGGAGAUAUUUAAUAAUACUAAAGUAGCAAUAGAAGAAAUAGCAACUGAAGGACCACUGAUAAAAACUCAAGAUACUCUAUUUACAAGACAUCCGACGCCCCCCGAGGACCUUGAAGACAGUGGAGAAGUUGAAGGUAGUGGCAGUGGUUAUGGUGUAUACGAUCCACAAAUUCAAGAUGAUAACGCCAUGUUAUCGACCUCAAGCACAGCUUCAACGCCAGUUGCGCCAACAACAACUACAACGACCAGUUCUUUGGAAGUCCGAACCACUUCAACGGAAAGCGUUUCGAUGACUCAUCAUCCUAAUCAGGAGAUUUUAAACAAAAGUGAAGUUUUAAAAAUAGAUGCUCCACCGAACAGAGUUUUAACGCCCCCUGAGGACCUCGAAUGGAGUGAAGAAGAUGAGUACAGUGGAAAUCAUCAAGGUAGCGGCGAUCACCACGGAAGUGGAGAUCACCAUCACCAUGGAAGUGGGGACCAUCAUGGUCAUGAUCAUCAUGGUAGUGGCCAUCAUCAAGGCAGUGGUGAUGGCAUUUUCCACGAACCAAUUGAAGAUGCCGCAAAUACCAAUGCUCACGUUAUUACCAAACGCAGCACAACUUCCGAGACCCAAAGAGAAGAUUUCUAUUUUCAAAGCAAUGAUUUUUACAGUAUUUUACAUAAAAAGCUAAAAAUUAUUCGUCAAUACUUAAACAAGGCAAAUUAAAUAUUUUGCUCAUAAAAUUGCGCCAUAAAAUAAUAUUAUAGCUACAUUAUGUUAAAUUUAAUUUUUAAACUAGACGUUAAUGGCUGGUAGCCGCCCAAUCAUUGUCCAAUUUACGACAUAUUUUCGAUUGCAACCACAAAUUGCCAACAAUAAAACGAAGGUGGCUGAAA